GCGUUCGGGGGUGUCAUCUGCGCAUCCUGCUCUGCUUGUGCUCACAGAAGCCGGCAAUGAGUGUCGGCGGCCCCGCGGGCGGGCUUCCCGACCUCCUGCCCCGCGCCCUCGCGCGCUGGGCCCCAUCCCCGCCGGGCCUCCCCGGGGACCCGCCCCCGCCCGGGCCUCCGCUCCGGCUGCUCCUGCUGCUCCUCCUGCCGCCCUCGGCCCUCCCCGCUGUAUUCACAGUGGGGGUGCUGGGCCCCUGGACCUGCGACCCCAUCUUCGCCCGCGCCCGCCCGGACCUGGCCGCCCGCCUGGCCGCCGCCCGCCUGAACCACGACCCUGUCCUGGAAGGCGGCCCCCGCUUCGAGGUCGCGCUGCUGUCCGAGCCGUGCCGGACGCCAGGCUCGCUGGGGGCAGUGUCCUCCGCGCUGGCCCGCGUCUCUGGUCUUGUGGGUCCGGUGAAUCCUGCAGCCUGCCGGCCGGCCGAACUACUAGCCCAGGAGGCAGGGGUCGCGCUGGUGCCCUGGGGCUGCCCAGGGACGCGGGCGGCGGGCACGACAGCUCCCACAGUAACGCCAGCGGCGGAUGCCCUCUAUGCCCUCCUUCGCUCGUUCCGCUGGGCACGGGUCGCCCUGGUCACCGCCCCCCAGGACCUGUGGGUGGAGGCCGGACUAGCACUGUCCACGGCGCUCAGGGACCGGGGUCUGCCUGUUGCCCUGGUGACCUCCAUGCAGCCGUCGGACCUGUCCGGAGCCCGGGAGGCACUGAGGAGGGUCCACGAAGGACCCAGAGUCAGAGCAGUGAUCAUGGUGAUGCACUCGGUGCUGCUGGGCGGCGAGGAGCAGCGCUGCUUACUGGAGGCUGCAGAGGAGCUGGGCCUAGCUGAUGGCUCCCUGGUCUUCCUGCCCUUCGACACGCUCCACUACGCCUUGUCCCCCGGCCCUGAGGCCUUGGCGGCGCUCGCCAACAGCUCACAGCUUCGCAAGGCCCACGAUGCCGUGCUCACCCUCACGCGCCACUGUCCCCGGGGAGGCAGCGUGCUGGACAGCCUGCGCAGGGCCCAAGAGCACCAGGAGCUGCCCCCUGACCUCAAUGUGCAGCAGGUGUCCCCACUCUUCGGCACCAUCUAUGACGCCGUCUUCUUGUUGGCAGGAGGCGUGGGCCGAGCACAGGAGGCCGCAGGGGGUGGCUGGGUGGCUGGAGCUGCUGUGGCCCGUCACAUCCGGAAUGCCCAGGUCUCUGGCUUCUGCGGGGCCUUAGGGGAAGCUGAGGAGCCCUCUUUUGUACUCCUGGACACAGAUGAGGCGGGAGACCAACUGUUUGCCACUUAUGUGCUGGACCCCACCCGGGGCUCUCUCCACUCCGCUGGGACCCCGGUGCAUUUCCCUAGAGGGGGACGGGGGCCAGGGCCCGACCCUUCGUGCUGGUUCGACCCAGACAUCAUCUGCAAUGGAGGAGUGGAGCCUGGCAUCGUCUUUAUCGGCUUCCUCUUGGUGGUUGGGAUGGGGUUGACAGGGGCCCUCCUGGCCCAUUACGUGAGGCACCGGCUACUUCACAUCCGAAUGGUUUCCGGCCCCAAUAAGAUCAUCCUGACUCUGGACGACAUCACCUUUCUCCACCCACAAGGAGGCAGCUCUCGAAAGGUGGUCCAGGGGAGUCGACCAAGUUUGGCUACCCACAGCGUGUCAGACAUUUGCAGCAUCCCCAGCCAGCCCCAGGGUAGCUCCAACAUUGGCCUCUAUGAGGGAGACUGGGUUUGGCUGAAGAAAUUCCCAGGGGAUCAGCACAUAGCUAUCCGUCCAGCAACCAAGACAGCCUUCUCCAAGGUUAGAGAGCUCCGGCAUGAGAACGUGGCCCUCUACCUAGGGCUCUUCCUAGCGGGGGGACCAGACGGCGCCGCGCCCGCUGGGGAAGGCAUGCUGGCUGUGGUCUCAGAGCAUUGUGCCCGGGGCUCCCUCCACGACCUCCUCUACCAGAGAGACAUAAAGCUGGACUGGAUGUUCAAGUCCUCCCUCCUACUGGACCUCAUCAAGGGAAUGAGGUAUCUGCACCACCGAGGUGUCGCCCACGGGCGACUUAAGUCACGGAACUGCGUGGUGGACGGGAGGUUCGUGCUUAAAGUCACCGACCACGGCCACGGGCGACUGCUGGAAGCCCAGAGGGUGCUACCGGAGCCUCCCAGAGCGGAGGAACAGCUAUGGACAGCCCCGGAGCUGCUUCGCGACCCAGCGCUGGAGCGCCGGGGAACGCUGCCCGGCGACGUCUUCAGCCUGGGCAUCAUCAUGCAGGAGGUCGUGUGCCGCAGCCCCCCCUACGCCAUGCUGGAGCUGACUCCCGAGGAAGUGGUGCAGAGGGUGCAGAGCCCCCCGCCGCUGUGUCGACCCUCAGUGUCCAUGGACCAAGCACCCUUGGAGUGCAUCCAGCUGAUGAAACAGUGCUGGGCAGAGCAGCCGGAACUUCGGCCCUCCUUGGAUCGCACCUUUGAGCUGUUUAAGAACAUCAACAAGGGCCGGAAGACAAACAUCAUCGACUCAAUGCUGCGGAUGCUGGAGCAGUACUCCAGUAACCUGGAGGACCUGAUCCGGGAGCGCACGGAAGAGCUGGAGCUGGAAAAGCAGAAGACAGACCAGCUGCUCACGCAGAUGCUGCCUCCGUCUGUGGCUGAAGCUCUGAAGAUGGGGACAACUGUGGAGCCUGAGUAUUUUGAGGAGGUGACACUGUACUUCAGCGACAUUGUAGGCUUCACCACCAUCUCAGCCAUGAGUGAGCCCAUUGAAGUGGUGGACCUGCUCAAUGACCUCUACACACUCUUUGAUGCCAUCAUCGGGGCCCAUGACGUCUAUAAGGUGGAGACAAUUGGGGAUGCCUAUAUGGUGGCCUCGGGGCUGCCCCAGCGGAAUGGGCAGCGGCAUGCAGCAGAGAUCGCCAACAUGUCACUGGACAUCCUCAGUGCUGUGAGUUCCUUCCGUAUGCGCCACAUGCCCGAGGUGCCCGUGCGCAUCCGCAUCGGCCUGCACUCAGGCCCGUGCGUGGCGGGCGUGGUGGGCCUCACCAUGCCACGGUACUGCCUCUUUGGGGACACGGUCAACACGGCCUCGCGCAUGGAGUCCACUGGGCUGCCGUACCGCAUCCACGUGAACAUGAGCACUGUGCGGAUUCUCCACGCCCUAGACCAGGGCUUCCAGACUGAGGUGCGAGGCCUCACAGAGCUGAAGGGCAAGGGCUCUGAGAACACAUACUGGCUGGUGGGCAGACAAGGCUUCAACAAGCCCAUCCCCAAACCGCUUGACCUGCAACAGGGGAGCAGCAAUCAUGGCAUCAGCCUGCAGGAGAUCCCACCCGAGAGGCGCCAGAAGCUGGAGAAGGCAAGGCUGAGCCACUUCUCAGGGAAGUGAAGCCCUCCUGGGACAGGAUUAUUCCAGAAGUUUCUUUUCCUGGAAGUUGCUGCUACAGGUGAUCUAAAGUCUGGCUAAUACCAGUGACUUCUGUCCAGCCCUUCUACAAAGGAUUCUGGGCCUUUACAAGAGCAGUUCCAAACCAGCCCUGCGACCUUCAGAAAGUCUCACGUGCUUGGGUUCCCCUCCAUGGUGAAAUAAGAAGUGGCCUAGGGGGUUUCCACAUGCACCCUGUCCCCCCAGCUCUGACAGCUGGGCUUCAAAAUGGUGUGGGCAUGUGCCCUGAGCCUAUGAGGGGAUGUUGCGGUGGGGGCUUCUCCACUUCCCAGAGCCUCUCAAAGCCCCAGGAAGGAGGAUCUGCGAUUGAAUGCCCAAGCCCAGAGGAGGAGGAGACCUGCUCCACCAGAGCAGGGAUUGUCCUGUGGCCUGAGGAGGCAGGGGCUUCCAUUCGGCUUUAAGCGUCCUUCCCUUCCUCAGCCCCCACUAAUCAGAAACUGGCUCCUUCUACUGUGCGCAUAAUCACCUAAUUGUCUACGGACAGAGAAAAACUAGCUGCGAGGUUUGGGGAAAGGAAGGUUAUAAACUGUACCAAACCUUUACUAACCAGAACACCCAAAGAUUAGUAAUAUUCUCUGUGUAACUGGGUGCUGCUGAGCAGACAAUUGGACAGAAAAUUCUCUCUGCUUAGAUCUUUGCAACGAGUGUCAGCCGCCCACCCCCAUCCCAUCUUGGUAAAUCCCCAGCUGAAGUUCCUCUGUGGAGCUUGGAUGGCCCAGAGCCUGCGCCUUGGCAUGUUUGACUCCCAGUCUCCUUCACCAUUGCUGUAGACCAUGGAAGAAACUGGGAGCUGCCACAGCCACUCAGGCUACCACUAUUGGUAGUGGGUGUCCAGUCCCUGGAGGUAUGCAAGCAGAACUGGAGACAUCAUUGACCAAGGAUAUAACAAUCAGAGGAUAUAACUAAGUCUUCACUACACAAAGGGUGGUUGCUGAGCCAGUAGCAGUGAUAUUGCCUGGGAGUAUGUCUGAAAUUUAGAACCUUAGGCCCAGGCCUGUUGAAUCAAGACCUGCAUUUUAACAAGUUCCCUCAGAGUACUUAUGUGCACAUUAAAGUUUCCUAAUCAUGGAACUAAAUGAUCCUAGGGUCCCUAGAGGUUCAGAAUCUCUAAGAUUUCAUUAAAAACCAGGCUAGAAA